AAGGCCAGUUACCCAUUAGCUCAGUGUUCAGCCUCGGAUCACCCAGUCAAUGAAGAAGAAGCUUGCCAUUUUAAAGAAUCCACCAGUUGUUGAAACCAAUUCCCAGAGACACAAGAGAAGAGACUGAAUCAUCAAAAUAAAGUCUCUCUGAGAAUUGGUGAAAAUGGCUUUAGAUCAAAGAAGCUUAUUUCAGUGUAAACCAUCUGAGAAUGAUCUUAGAUCAGGAAAUUCAGAGUUUCAACAAAGACAAGGACCUGCUGUUCAGACAGAAGAAGGGAUUUCUGAGUUCUCAAGAACUGUGCUCAAUUCAUUGCAAGACAGCAAUAAUUCAUAUGCAAGGCAGGAAUUGCAAAGACUUUAUAAGAUCUUUCAUUCAUGGCUGCAACCAGAAAAGCACAGUAAGGAUGAAAUUAUUUCUCUAUUAGUCCUGGAGCAGUUUAUGAUUGGUGGCUACUGCCAUGACAAGGCCAGUGUGAAAGAAAAAUGGAAAUCAAGUGGCAAAAACUUGGAGAGAUUCAUGGAAGACCUGACUGAUGACAGCAUUAAUCCACCUGCCUUAGUGCAUGUCCACAUGCAGGGACAGGAAGCUCUGUUUUCUGAGAAUAUGCCCUUAAAAGAUGUCAUUGUUCACCUCACAAAACAAAUGUCUGCCGAAACGCCAAGAGGAGCAAACAUGGGGACACCCUUCCAGACUUCCCAAGAUACUUCCUUGGAAACAGGACAAGAACAUGAAGAUGAACAAGAUCGCAGCAACAGUUCUUUGAAAACUACUCAAGUAAACAAAAAUAUUACUAAUCGCGGCAAUCAAAUAGCUUCCCUAAUCAUUAUCCAGGAAGAGAAUGGUCCUAGGCCUGAAGAGGGAGGUGUUUCUUGUGAGAACCCAAAGAACUCAAGAGGAAGAGAGCUAGGCACUGCUAGAUCCCAGAAAGGGUCCAUAAACGGAAUCUCUUUUCAAGGUGUCCCUAUGGAGAUGGGACCAGGGUUUAUCUCACAGCCAGAGCAGUCCUCUCCUGAGUAUGCCCCUACCCACCAAAGCAAUGAGGAAAACUACACACGUGAGGUACAUCAGGAAGGAGCCCAUGGAGUUCGAAAACCAUACAAAUGUGAGGAAUGCCCCAAGGUCUUUAGGUAUCUGUCUCACUUAAUAGUUCACCAGAGAAGACACAGGAAUGAGAGACCAUUUGUUUGUCCUAAGUGUCAAAAAGGCUUCUUCCAGACAUCAGACCUACGCGUGCAUCAGAUGAUUCACACAGGAAAGAAGCCUUUCACAUGCAGCAUGUGUGAGAAGUCCUUCAGCCACAAAACCAACUUGCAGUCUCAUGAGAGAAUCCACACAGGAGAAAAGCCCUAUACCUGUCCCUUUUGUAAGACGAGCUACCGCCAGUCAUCCACAUACCACCGCCAUAUGAGGACUCAUAAAAAAAUUAUCCUGCCAAGUGUUCCCUCCACACCAAAAGCUUCCUAAGCUGCUGGUUGGAUGUAAUGUGUAUAAAUAAAUACAUAUGCAAGUGUAUAUAUUUCCAUCGAAUAUAAGAUAUGAUUUCCUGAUUAUGCUUUCAGUUUAUUGUCUUCGUUAAAAUGUAAGGCUAAGCAGAGUAUGGAAUUUAUUAUCAGUUCACUAAAGUAUUCCAAGUAGUUGGGAGAGUGGAACACUUCCAAUAACCAAUAAAUUUCUGUUGAAUAAAUUAAUGAAGCC